AUGUGCUCUAACUUCUUCCAGACACUCUACAGCGGAAACAACCCCAUCACCCCAAGCAGUUCCUUUUGGCAACACAUCCCCCCCUCCUCCAUCCCGAACCCCUUACUCCUACGACUCAGCGCCCCCCUUUCCCUAGCUGAAAUUGGAAAAGCGCUGCUAUCUCUAUCUCGAGGAAAAACCCCCGGCCCAGACGGCCUUCCUGGGGAACUCUUUCGGCAAUUUUCCCCGCGAUUUGCACCGGUCUUCCACUCCCUGCUCUCCCCACUACAACCACUCUCUCGUCUACCUCCGUCCAUGCUGACCGGACGUACUGUCCUUAUUCCUAAAAGGGGUGACUCCUCGCUAGUAGAGAAUCUCCGCCCCAUCACCCUCAUGAACGCCGAUUACAAAGUUCUCGCUCUAUGUCUGGCUAACCGCCUUCAGCUCGUUCUCCCCCAGCUCAUCCACCCAUCGCAAACCGCCUUCAUUAAAAACAGGAAAAUCGGAGAUACAAUCAACGAUACCCUCGACAUCAUGGACUGGGCAGCCUUCUCUUCGACCCCUCUUCUCGCUCUUACGGUGGACUUUCGGAAGGCCUAUAACCUCGUCGAUCGACCUUUCCUCCUCCAAGCCUUAGCGGUCCUCGGUCUCCCUGCAUCCUUCAUCCACUGGGUACGACUAAUGCACUCCGACACGAACACACGAAUCUCGGUCAACAACAUGCUCGGCCCCACCUUCCCCGUCCGUACAGGCGUCCGACAGGGCUGUCCUCUAGCGCCUCUACUCUUCGUCUGUGUCAUUGAGAUUUUUCACCGCUAUAUGGCCCUCUUCCUCCCCGGCUUCGCUCUGUCCCCCGCUCAGCGCCGACUCAUGGCAUGCUAUGCGGACGAUGUAACACUCUUCCUCACCUCAGACACAGAGCUCGGCCUCGCAGUGAUGCUCCUAGGUGUUUUUGGGUCCGUGUCUGGGGAGGUCCCCAACUGGAACAAAUGCUCCAUUAUUCCUUUCAACAUCCCCCCCACUGACCUUGUGCACACCGGGCCUAUACCCGUUCGAGCCCCCGACGAAGCAGAACGCAUCCUUGGAAUUUUUGUUGAACGACUACACCCCGGAUCCACUACCUGGACUAAGGCUCUUGCUCGUAUACAAAACACUUCCAAAUUCCUGGCGGCCUUACAUGCCACUGUCACGUGCCGCAAAUCUCUCUCCUCGAUCUUUUUGAACUCUGUCAUCUCCUAUCCUGGACGCUUCCAACCAGCUCCACCGGACACCAUCAAACGCCUGGACAUAUCUGUCGGGAAUUUCCUCUCGUCCUCCAAACAUAAACAUGACGGCCUCGCACAACGAUUCCUCCCCAAUGGCCUCCUAUACAACUCCCCCCGAGAUGGCGGGGUUGGGGCAAUCGCCCCAUCUACACAGGUCAAAGCCCUCGCUAUCCAGCGUGCCCUGCGCAGAUUUGGACCCACCCCGUCCGAAGAAGUUGCACGUACCUUGACCCCGUUCCCCUUUGGGCUACACGGUCUGUUCUCCCAUAAAGCCAUCCUCGAACGAGACUAUCUCCCCACCUUCAUCCCCCCUCGGGCGCUGGACGAACUAAAAGCCCUCCUCUCUCUUCCCCUGGUAAUCCAUGCCCCCCCCCUACGCAUGCAGUGCAUCCUCACCAAACCUCUCGCCUUCAACCGCUCGCUCCUCAAACCCGACGAUCGGCCGUUUGGCACCCGCCAACACGAGCGUUUCCUGCUUACAAGGCAGCUCCGCAUUGGACACAUUGUACGAACCACCAACUUUGGCGUCGGCCCCAUCUCAGCACAAGAGUUUUGCUCCGAACUCCCAGAGGAAUUCCACGACGACGCAACUCGCAUCCUUCCAUAUCUCAUCAAGGCUAUCAAACGUCCCUGGUGGGCCGCCCUCCAAACCCCACACGCCUCCUCUGCCUCCCCAAGAGACUGGUUCAUGCUUUCGGACGACCACUACUCCAUCUCGCACCUCGUCGUCCAAGUCGUCGCCUACAUCCCCCCCUCCUCCGUCUCGGCUACUGUCCACCUCGUAUCGCCAAACCAUCGCAUCGCCCGCCCCCCGGCAACUACCGGACUCUUCCGUCUUCAGGACCUCAUAGAGGUGCACGUCAGGGAUUGGUGGCUCGCAGGGCCACUUCACACAGGGGCAGGGUUAGGAGCUAGGAUAGAACUUCUACAGGACGGCAUCCCCAGCCUCGCCGACAUCCGCCGUCUCCUCUACUCACCACAACCGCUUACUCACCACAGCCGAUGGACCCGCGACCUCACCCUUCCUCCUCCUCCCCUCCCUGGCCUUAAGGACUCAUUUCUCAAAGACCAGCCGAGCCGCCAACGGGACAUCCUUUUCAGACUCUACACGCUUACCCUUCCCUCUGGAUCACGCUUCCAAUACUUUGACGAUCGAGGGGUCUGCCCCCGGUGCCCAGCUGCAGUCGUCGAGACACUACCGCAUAUCUUCUUUGAAUGCGCCUCCGCCGGAAACGUCAUCUCGGCCCUCCACACAGUCGCUGACCGCCACCUCAGACAAACUACCCCCGCCGAACACAUCUUCUUCCCGAUACAGUCACGGGUGGGACAGUCUCCCCCUUGGAGCCUACUAGUGGGAGCUGCAGUUAAAACACUGUGGACCAGUCGCUGCGACCAUAAGUACCGCAACUCCUCAUCUUCGAGCUUCGAGAUACUGCAGCUGAUAUUAGCCCAAUUCCUCAUCGCCUUCAAAAUUUAUAUGUGGAGGGGCAGGCGCUUAUCUGCCAAGAAGCGUCAACGCAUAUCCUCCAGCAUCAAGCGAGCUCAGAAACUCCGCUUCCUCCUCUUCGACAGGACCGGUACACCUUCCAUUCACCCCGGCCUCAGAUUCUCAUGGCUUCUGGGAAACCCGUUCCGACCACAGUAG